AUACUUCGAUAUGAUUGGUGAUGUUGUUGUUCUAUGCUGUACAUAAAGGUGUGAAGCUCUCAUUGUCCAGGAAACGGUGACCGCUUCUUAUCUCCCUGUGUCCUGCCUGUCCCUCCACGAUGACCACUGUCCAGCUGGUUGCGAUUGCCUUAAUUCUCAUUUCUGGGAAUACUUCAUCCUCACCCGUGAAAACAAGGGUAGAACUUAAUGACGGAGCAGAUACGCUGCCCCAGUCAUCCAAAGAUGCGGUUCCUCGACGCACCGAUUCCUUUUUUCUUCAAAAUGGCAACAGCGACCACAAACGACACUUUGAUGACGAACUCACCACAAAGCGACCGACCUCGCCCUCAACUACUACGAUAAGUGCACUCAGGUUGUUCCUGAUUCGGCAAAUCAAGAGUUACCAAAGCGCCAUUGAUUCAGCCCUGAGGAAACCUCACACUGGUGUAACCACAAAUCCAAAAUGGCGAAAUGAGAAUCUUCAAGCCACCGACACAGAACUGAAUAACAUGUCGGAAUCCGAGCUCCACGCCAUGCUUGUGAGUAUCAGGAAUGUAUUUAGUGCCACCGUGGGUGACCUGUGCUGCCCCCUAGGGAAGUAACCUGGCGAUGUGUCCUUUACAAAACACACUAACAUUGGAGGUAGAUCUUGGAAGGAGGACGGCAUAACGUAUUCCUAUUUGUUAAAGGAGUUGAGGACGAGAAAUGACAGCAUCAGUUUCACUGUUAGAUGACUGACAAGAACCACUGACAUCCUUCUCCCUGUGAAUAUUACUUUUGUUCUAUGAGAAGUUUAAACGAUGUGAUAACUGAGUAUGCAGUCAUAGUAACACACUCGAAGUCGCGUUUUGGUUGAUAUUCUUCAUCAGCAACUUAACAUCUGUAUGUGAAUAUCGUGUUGGCAAGCCAACAGGUGGUUGAAAUAAUGAGCAUCGCUCAACGCCAACGGGGUUCGAGGACAUGCAAUCAAACAAGACAUCAAGCAUGCGCACCCGAGCCGAUCCACUAAGUCUCCCGAAUAACAAAUCAUAACUCAUAUAUCAUUUUGGUAUAUGCAUUUGUAUCCAUGACGUUUCCUUGGUGAACAUUAUACAUCCCAUGGUAACCCCUGGUAACCAUACGAUGUCGUGUUAUAGUUCCUUUGGUAACUUCAUUAAACCGUUGCUAUCCUCGUGGUGACGGAUUCAUGAUGUCCACUUUAUGAAGACUUUGAAUGACAUUUAGAAGUGACACACAUGAGAAAGAGAAUUAUGGAUGUCAACUUCUAUAUCGUGAGGAAUACAACGUUUCGUAGUAUAUACUUACUCCUUCAACAGGUGAAGAAUGUAUGGAUGUCAACACCUUUAUGAUGAGGAACAGAACGUUUCGGAGUGUAUACUUACACCUUGAAGGAGUAACUGUACACUCCGAAACGUUGUGUUUCUCAUAAAAAAGAAGUUGACAUACAUAAAGUCUCUUCCUUAUCCAUUUUGUUGACAUUUUUUAAUUCAGCAUUGUUCCUCAGUUAGCAGACUCGAAAAAUGAUGUCCAUUUGGAGAAUAUUGUUAUUCGUAAACAUGGUUUAACAGAUGUCUCCAAUGGUGACCUCAUGAAUACAAUUUGUGAACAUUAUAAUUUUUAAAUCCAACGUUCUUUUGUUGACAAAAGGUUACCGUCAGUGAACAUGUUUAGCUCUCAGUGCAAAAGUGGGUGUGGCCAAUAAGAUGUCCAUAACAAAAUUAGAUAUUUGAACUCGCAUUUGACCACAAGCGCAACUGUUUGACAAAUAUCUGUUUUCAUCCUGUUGAAACAGUAUAACUGUCUGCUUGAGAACGCAUAGGGUGCGUGGACAGUAAACUCAUUAUGUGAGUGACUAUGAUGUUUUUGUGAAUAAAAAUGAAAUAGACUAUUUCUGUUGUUUUGA